AUGGAGCGGGCGCUGCUGCCCCUCCUGUGCCCGCGGGCCCCGCGGCUGUGCCGGGCCCCGCUCCGGUUCCGCUGCAGCCGCGGGGCUGAGCAAGGAGCGCCCCGAGGCCGCGAUCCCCCGGAGGCUUCGGGGGCCGGGCGGGGGUCGCGCACCGGGCGGGAGCUGUGGCGGGCACAGCAGGACUCGCCCCGGGCCGGCCCGGGGAAGGGGCUGGGGCGAAAGGCGCCGCCGGCCCUGGAGAGAACCAAAGGCUCGGAGAUCGUGUUCGGGGUGGCCCCGUGCUGGCUGGCGCUGGCCCGGGCGCGCAGGGCGCUGUUCCGGCUGUUCCUCAAGGAGCGGCGCGGCGGCCCCGGGCGGCCCCUGAGCGCCGAGCUCGCCCUGCAGGCCGCGGCCCGCGGGGUGCCCGUGCUGCACGUCCCGGGCCGGGCGCUGGACACGCUGUGCCGGGGCCGGCCCCACCAGGGAGUGUGCCUGGAGGCCGCCCCGCUGCCCUUCAGGAGCCUGCGGGACGCGGAGGAGAGAGAUGGAGAGAGCGGCGAGCGGCAGCUGCUGUGGCUGGUGCUGGAGCACAUCCAGGACCCCAUGAACCUGGGGGCUCUGCUGCGCUCCGCGUACUUCCUGGGGGUGGACAGAGUGGUGGCGACACGCAGCAACAGCUGCCCCUUGACUCCCAUAGUGAGCAAAGCCAGUGCUGGAACCAUGGAGGUCUUUGAUGUGUACAGCACAGAUGAUCUGCCGGCCUUUCUGAAGGCUAAAAGUGCAGAAGGCUGGGAAGUGGUGGGAACAGCCAGUAGGCCCGAGGAUGUGGAAGGUGUUCCUGUCAUCAGCUGCUCGGAAUUCCGGUGGGACAAACCCCUCAUUGUGGUGAUAGGCAGUGAAGGGGAGGGCAUUUCCCUGCAGACCCAGCUGCAGUGCCAGCAGGUGUUGGCCAUCCCCCCUGGCAGGGCGCUGCACCCCGGCAUCGACUCCCUCAACGUCUCCGUGGCUGCAGGUAUCCUCCUGCACUCCAUCUGCAGCCAGAAACGGAGGCAUGGAGAUUGAAAUCCUCUUUAUUUGUGGAGGAAGCUGCUCAGUGUGGGUAUGGAAAUGCUCUUCCCAGGGUCUCCACCAUCACGGUGACUUCCAGGGAGAGCCCAGAGACCUGAGCUGCGUUUUGGCUGCUGCAGAAGCCAGCAGAUC